AUGUCAUCCGGUGCUGCGGCCAUUCCAGUAAUGUCAGCUUCGGAGGCUCAAGGACCAGAUCCCGGUAGUUUGGAAGAUCUUAUCGCCAGACUACACGAUGCAUAUGUGAAGCACGUGAAGCCUCUUGAGGAUAUGUACAAGUAUGACUUGUUUCGCCCUACUUGGUUUGAGGAGACAAUACUCAACCAGAAACCGUUUGUUACAUUCUUUGGGCCGUGGUCGUCUGGCAAGAGUACCUUUAUUAACCAUUUGCUGCAGGACAACUACCUUUGGACGGGGCCGCAGCCAACCACGGCAGAGUUCACGGUUGUGGUGUACGGUGAAGAGGUGGGGCCUAUUAACGGGCAUGUGCUUGCCAACACGAAGAAUCUCCCAUUCAAGGGGCUGGCGGAGUUUGGCGAGUCGUUCCUGGAGAACUUCCAGGGUUUCCAGUUGCCGCAUGAACUCUUGAAGCGCGUAANAUUGAUUGACACACCUGGCGUAUUGGAGAGUGCAAAGGAUAUUCGUGAGCGGCGGUUUGACUACAUUAAAGUGAGCCGUUGGUUUGCGGAGCGCAGUGACCUUAUUUUUGUCCUGUUUGAUCCAACAAAGCUCGACGCGGGGAUCGAACUUCGGAUGAUGUUUAAGCACGCUUUCCAUGGCAUGGAAGGCAAGGUACGCAUCGUCCUUAACAAAGCUGAUAGCGUCAAUACACAGGAACUGAUGCGGGUAUAUGGUAGUCUCUUCUGGAACCUCUCUAAUUUUAUUAACUGUACGGAGCCACCGCGUGUGUAUGUUGGCAGCUUCUGGGAUCAGCCAUACAAGGAGGGAACCUUUACGCUGCUUUUCACGGAGGAGAAGACUGAUCUCCUGCAUGAGAUCAUGGAUGUGGUGCCACAGCAAGGGCGCGACAGGAAGGUGGCUGGCCUUAUACGCCGUGCAAAGGAGGUACUAGUGCAUGCCCUUAUUGUAGGUGGGAUGCGGUCUAGUCUGCCGCUUUUCUUUGGAAAGGAAAAGGCUAAGCGCAAAGCACUCGAUAGUCUUCAAAAGACAUAUGAGGUAAUGGCGGCUAAGUAUAAGAUGAACUGGAAGGACUUCCCACCAGUUGAGGAAUACCGUACGUUUUUGGACAAGUUUGAGCUGGAUAAAUUUCCAGAUGUUGAGAAGGCAGAGAAAGAGGGAUACAUCAGUGGUAUACAGAAGUGUAUCGAUACAAUUCUCCCCUCUAUGCUGCGCCCUGUGAAGAAUGUCGCUGCCGUAGAUCCACGAAACAAGGCUCAGCGGCAGCAGCUUCAGCAGAUGUACUACGAAUGUGUGCGCUCACAGUACGAGGGAAAAGAGGGUAUACAGGGGAGCAGUGAUUUAGUUCAGUCAUCUGUCCGUGAACGAGCCGUCAAACCGUCUGCAGAGGAAAUGGGUGCCAUUUCAGCCCCUCAGGGAUGUGAAGGUCUCGCGGCGCCCGUCACCAGUGGCGCGACACCUGACCAAACACAAAUGCUCAUGGGGAUGAUGAUGCAGUUGUUGCAACAACAGCAACAACAACAGCAGCAGCAAUGCCAAAUGCAGCAACAGCAAGUGCGCCCACUUGCUAUUGAGCCAAGGGAGGAAGAAGAGGUGGAGUAA